UGGGGGUUGUUGUAUUUCAGUAUUUAACAUUUUGAAUAUUAUUGUAUUAAGUAACUUUGAUUCUGUAUUGCUCUGUUGCUAAUACUGUAUUUGAAUUCGUAUUUGUUAUAAGUAUAGUAUUGCUUUUAUAUUGAUUUUGUUUUUCUGCUACUAUAAAUUUUUGAUCAAGUAUUAUUGAAAAGCAACAGCAGAUUUCGCAGUAGCCUUAUUUGAAUUGCUCCUCUUGUCAGUUAACUCUUCUGCCUGCCAGGCAAAUCCUGAGUCAGUUCACGUUGACACUGAUUUACGAGGGACUUUGAAGUCAAAGUCCCUGGUACACACAGGGACUUGCUCUUGUUCACACAGGGAUGCAACACUGAUGCCUUGAACACUUUGCCCAUGCUUGUUGUACCCAGUGAUGUCUCUGUCCCCAUAGAAUGCACCUGUGCAGGGUUAGCCUUGUUGCCAGUAGAAAAGCCAUAACACUCUGUAAGUACUAGAAAGGUCUCCAUCCACCUGGGGCUCCUUUCAGGGCUGGUAAAUGUUGGACUUGACCCAACUGGCUUGAGAAAAAAAUAACACAUACAAUGCAGUAGACAUGUUUGUGGGCACAUUCAUAUGAUAGCGUUACCAAGAAUGCCCCCUUUCACUCCACUUAGGCUAAACCAAGGAAGACCACUUAGCCAGAGAGCCGCAGUCAUGUUGUAUAUCCUGUCCAGCAGGGAGGAGGGGGGAACGGAGAGUUGUGAACCCUGUGUGAACUCCUGUGACAGACCAACUGGAUGUCCAAGAGGGCAAGUGGGGAGAACCCUUGGCGCCCGGGACCGGUUGGGGUCUCAAUAAAAAUAGCCUAAUGGAAGGGUUAUCAGUUACUUCAUGCAUACAGAGUGUUACUUUAUCAAAUAGACAAGUUUCAUCAAAGGGGUAAUAACUUAAAAGGAUAGACCAGCUGCAGAGCAUCUCCACUGUUAUCAAAACAGACAAACUGCAAGGCCGCGCCACUUUUUUGUAUCAGAGCUACAAAUCGUCUCACUUCUGUAAAUCAUGCUAGCUUGCUUUAUGCUGCCAAGAAACGAUUUUCCUUUUUUUUGUGUAACAAGGUAUAAAUACUCCAUGGUCCCUCUAAAACGCGCGGCACUCAUCCCAUCCUUGUGAGAGAGUGUCGUCCCUAUAGGAAAUAAACCUUCUCUUGAAAAUACCAACUGGUCUCUAAUCUCAUCUGUAAAACCAUGGGACAUAACAGUAAAAGCUAGCCCUGAAUUUGGAAUACAAGGGAAGGUAAAGCCAGAAAGAGCAGGAACAGGAAGAAAGCUGAAGCAGAGAAAACAUUAAGUGUGUUACAACAGAUAUGGGUGGCACUGGCAAAAAAGUGAACUACUGGGAAGAUAAAGAGUUAACAGUCAGUGUUCCAGUCCUUGUGUACGGCAUCCUCUUCUUGCUUCCUGUUGAGAUCAUUUCCACACUGGCAAUCAGAGAGAAAGCAUAUCGGAAUAUAUCGAAGGCUCAGACCCUGAGUAAUAGAUCCGUACCUUUCUGAUUGGCUAUAGCGUGGGAAGCGCUCUGGACUAGCUAACUAAAUACUACUUGGGCAAGAGAAUUUAGCUAUGGCAACAGGUGCAGUGAAAUUGCAACAGGGAAUACUGGUGUAUAUUCCCCAAGAUGAAGCCAACAUAACCCAAGCAAGGCAGGGGUUUCCUGGUACUGUUGUCUGUCCAGCAGAGGUGGCUCAGUACAUAGGCCAGCAGCCUGAAAGCAACCAGCUUCAGCAGAAUCAUAAGCUGGGGCCACUGGAGAAACUCUACAGAACAGAGGCCAAGACCCUGGGGGCCAUCCAGAUCAUCAUUGGACUGAUACAUAUCGGCUAUGGGUGUGUGUCUGUUUUUCUUCUUUAUGGUGAAUACCUACCCCUGGCAACAAUGGGAGCGUAUCCAUUCUGGGGUGGAUUAUUUUUCGUGGCUUCAGGAUCAGUGGCUGUAUCAGCUGUGAAACAUAGGAACAGCAAUUUGGUGAAAUGCAGCCUGGGAAUGAACCUCAUAAGUGCCGUAAUGUCAUCAAUUGGCAUCAUUCUGUUUACAGCAGAGCUGGCUCUGACAUAUAGUUCUUUACAGAAACAUGCGUCACCUUUAAUAAUGUCUCUAGGUCAAGGGCUGUGUAUCCUGUUCUACUUGUUCACCUUGCUGCAGUUCUGCAUCACUGUUCUAGCAUCACAUUUUGAAUGCCAGACAGCCUGCUGUAAUAAAGACACGGCCAUGAGUUUUGCGUCCUACACUAUGAUCGAUGAUGGUUUGAUGCCCACCGAAAGCAAUCCUGCUCCACCAGGAUCCUGUAAUUAAGUGGUCCUUGCCACUGCAGAAGUUCACUAACAAAUGCAAAAGACAGUUAUAUGAUUUACUCCCUCAGCCUUCUCAGCUGGCUCAGAAAUAACAUACCAUGAUUCUCUUUCAGUCUUGCAACUACCCCCACCCCCUAGAUCAGUGUGCUAGGUCCACAAUUUUUAGAAGGUUAAUCUGUUAGAUCAGUUGAUUUGAAAAAGAGAAGAGCCAGGACUUGAGAAUGAGAUUGGGAUAUGUAUAUAAGAUCUAACCAAGCAGUCUUUGAAGUGCAGAAUAACUCAAAAUUGGCCAUUCUGAGUCCCCUUGCACCUCCCCUCUUGUUCUCAGAUUUUUCAAAUAUGCAGGGAUGCAGGACUAACUAUGGAAUCUCUCCCACCAUGCGCACCAUCCAGAGAUGCAAGGAAACAUAGGAAAGUAGAUCCCUUAGUCCCUAGUGACCAUAGCUUCUGUGGGUCAUGCUCAUGACCUCAGGUAAACACUCUGGGAACUGAGGGCUCUGGUGGCCUAAAGAAACUUGUCCCCAUGAGUAGUCCUCUCACUUCCACUAACAGAGCUAUAUAACCAAAGAAAUGGCUUCACAAGCAGGGCUUGAUCUGCAUCAGGUCAGAUUCAUCAGCAGCAUUAUUUACGCUGUUCAGGCAUUUAGCAACAUAUUAUCACAUUGUCUCUUAAGUGCACUGAAAUCUAGAGAAGAAUGACUCCUCCUUCAACACACAGGAACAAAUUCUCCUAAGAUGCUUCCUGAGGCAGAGCUGAACAUGCACCAUCUAAAAAGGGCAGAAAGAAAACCCCCUUUCCCUUCAGAGCUCUUUAUAUAUCUGUGCAAAGUUCACUGAUCACUCAAGGAAUCAACAGAUAAUUCAUUAUAAUUGUUAGAAUUUCCUUAAAAGGGUGUGAGUCUUAUUCUGUUUCCAUCUACAAUAUUUCUCCUACCAGCUUUGUUAAUAAAAUGUUGGAAUAAGUGUUUGCUAA